CCAUUCUAAGUUGACUCCACCGUGAUUAAGAAAUUAUAAGCUUGCCUAGCGGCCUGAUAUUCCAAGACGAUGAAAAAGCUUAUCGUCUUGUUUAUGUGGAUUUUAUGUCAUUCCCCAAGCAGCAUGGCUCAGCCAAACGAAAGCGUACCAGUUAAAGUAGGAAUAGUACUUGAUCUUUCUUCUACAGCAGCAAAGAUGGGCUUGAGCUGUAUCAACAUGUCCCUUUCUGACUUUUAUGACUCUCAUUCUCAUUACAAAACCAGGCUCGUCUUCCUCCUCAGGGACUCCCACUCAGACAUUGUUUCUGCAGCUUCUCAAGCUCUGGAUCUUAUAAAAUCAGAGAAAGUGCAAGCCAUAAUAGGUCCAUUCACGUCAAUGCAGGCCAACUUUUUGAUCAGUCUGGGAGACAAAGCUCGUGUUCCCAUCAUAACCUUUUCGGCAACAAGUCCUUCUCUUGCUUCCCUUCCAAGUUCAUAUUUUUUUCGAAUUGCACAGAUCGAUUCAGCUCAGGUGAACGCCAUCGGCGCAAUCGCACAAGCUUUUGGGUGGAAAGAAGCGGUGCCCAUUUACGUGGACAACGAGUAUGGGAAGGGGGUCAUACCCUUCUUGACUAAUGCUCUUCAACAAGUCUACGUUCGAAUCCCUUAUCAGAGUUCUCUUUCACCUUCAGCCACCGAUGAAGCUAUCAGAGCAGAGCUCUUCAAGCUGAUGGCCAUGCAAACCAGAGUCUUUGUUGUGCACAUGAUCCCCAAUCCAGGCAUGCGACUCUUCUCCAUAGCAAGACAGAUCGGAAUGAUGAGCAAGGGCUAUGUCUGGAUCGUAACAGAUGGCUUGGGUAAUGUAUUGAGCUCUUUGAAUUCCUCGGUCAUAGAAUCGAUGCAAGGAGUAUUGGGGGUGAGGACUUAUAUUCCUAAAACAAAGCGGUUAGAUGAUUUUAAAGUUCGAUGGAAAAGAAGAUUCUUGCAAAACAAUCCUACCCAUGUCGAUACCGAUUUGAAUGCCUUUGGAGUAUGGGCUUACGAUGCGGCCACAGCAUUAGCUAUGGCUAUCGAGAAGGCCGAUACCAACAAUCUGGGAUUUGCUACGAGCAAUGCUUCGGCCAAUUCAACUGAUCUGGAAAGGAUCGGAGUUUCAGAAAGUGGUGAAAAACUGCGCGAAGCCUUAUCAAACACUAGAUUUACAGGCCUCAGUGGAGACUUUAGAGUUGUUAACAGGCAAUUGCAAGCUUCGACGUUUGAGAUAUUGAAUGUGAUUGGGAACGGAGGAAGAACGAUUGGUUUUUGGACCCCACAAAAUGGAAUAGUCAGAAAUGUAGACUCAACUUACACCAAAAUGUACUCUACAUCAAGUAAGGAUCUAGGUUCCAUUAUAUGGCCAGGGGACACGAACUCUAUUCCAAAGGGAUGGGAAAUCCCCACAAAUGAGAGGAAGUUGAGGAUAGGGGUGCCAGUGAAAAAUGGUUAUCCUGAAUUCGUGGAAGUAACUCGUGACCCCAUCACUAAUGCAAUAGAGGCCACUGGGUUCUGCAUUGAUGUGUUCAAAGCAGUGUUGGAAGUUCUCCCUUAUGCCUUACCUUAUGAAUUCAUCCCUUUUGCCAAGCCAAAUGGUGAGAGUGCAGGAUCAUACAAUGAGAUGAUCAGCCAAGUUUAUUCUGGGAACUUUGAUGCUGUAGUGGGGGAUGUCACAAUUAUAGCAAACAGGUCUAACUAUGUGGAUUUCACUUUGCCGUACACUGAAUCUGGUGUAACAAUGGUAGUUCCUGUAAAAGACAAGAGGAAGAAGAAUGCAUGGGCCUUCUUAAAGCCAUUGACUUGGGAUCUCUGGGUGACAAUAGCGUGUUCCUUUGUAUUCAUUGGGUUUGUUGUGUGGGUGCUGGAACAUCGAAUAAACGAACAUUUUAGAGGGCCCCCAUCGCACCAGAUUGGCACUUCGUUGUGUUUUUCGUUCUCAACCAUGGUUUUUGCCCAUCGAGAAAAGGUAGUGAGCAACUUGAGUAGAUUUGUGGUGAUCAUAUGGGUUUUUGUGGUUCUAAUUUUGGUUCAAAGCUACACUGCCAGUCUGACGGCACUUCUAACAGUGGAGCAGCUUAGCCCAACUAUAACAAACGUGAAUUUACUUAUAAAUAAAAGAAUGUAUGUUGGUUUCAAGAGAGGUUCAUUUGUGCGUGAAAUCUUGAAAAAAAUGGGUUUCCUUGAUUACCAGUUUAGAAUAUAUAAUUCCACGGAGGAAUGUAACGGACUGUUUGCAAGAGGAAGUGAAAAUGGUGGCAUUGCUGCUGCAUUCGAUGAAGUGCCAUAUGUGAAAGUCUUUCUUCAAAGUUACUGCUCAAAGUAUACCAUGGUUGAGCCAACUUUUAAAACUGGGGGCUUUGCCUUUGUGUUCCCUAAAGGAUCUCCUCUUGUGGCUGACGUUUCAAGGGCAAUCCUGAAUGUAACUCAAGGAGAUAAAAUGAAGGCCAUAGAGAAUGCGUGGUUCAAGAAAAACAAUUGUCCAGAUUCUGAUGCCUCAAUUUCAUCAAAUAGUCUAGGACUUGAAAGCUUCUGGGGACUAUUUCUCAUUGUAGGGGUUGCUUCUGCUCUAGUUCUUAUUGUCUUCGCCAUUAACUUCACGUAUCAGCAUAGACAAAUCUGGUUGCAGUAUGAUGCUAGUAGUACUUCAAAGUGGAGCCGAAUUAGGGAGUUGAUGAAGAGGUUCGACCAAAGGGAUCUGAGUGCUCACACUUUCAGAAAAAGGGAAAUGCGAAAUAAAAGUGAAACUUGUAGCGCGUCUCCAAGUACAAAUUGCCCCCCAAGUCCAUCUAGCCAAUCAGAAUCAAACUUCUCGUUUUAUGGUGGGGGUAGCCCAGUAGCCUUGCGCCACAAGACACGGAAGUAACCUUAGUGCAUGUAGAAAUAUAGUAUCUGCCAUUACUUGUAUAUAUGCUUCUGAGGUGACCUUUGCGUCCAACUCAUGAAAUUAACCUCAUUUAUUCAAAAUGACGCAACAAUUUGUCAACUUAA